CGCGGCGGCGGCGGCGACGUGAGCGCGCAAGGGGGGCGGCGGCGGCGGUGGCGGCGGCAUCGGCGGCAGCUUUGGCGGCGGCAUCUCCCUCUCUCUGCCCCUGGGCCAUCCGGUGGCCGACUCCGCGAGCGAGAUGUCGGAUUUCGACAGUAACCCGUUCGCGGACCCGGAUCUCAACAACCCUUUCAAGGAUCCAUCAGUUACACAAGUAACAAGAAAUAUGCCACCAGGACUUGAUGAAUAUAAUCCAUUUUCUGAUUCUAGAACAGCACCACCAGGAAAUGUGAAAAUGCCUAAUGUACCUAGUACACAACCAGCGAUAAUGAAGCCAACAGAAGAACCUUCAGCUUAUACACAAAUUGCAAAGGAACAUGCACUGGCCCAAGCUGAACUGCUUAAGCGCCAGGAAGAACUAGAAAGAAAAGCAGCAGAAUUAGAUCGCCGGGAAAGAGAAAUGCAGAGCCUCAAUCAACAUGGUGGCAGAAAAAAUAAUUGGCCGCCUCUUCCUGGGAAUUUUCCAGUGGGACCUUGUUUCUAUCAGGAUUUUUCUGUAGACAUCCCUGUAGAAUUUCAGAAGACAGUAAAGAUUAUGUACUACUUGUGGAUGUUCCAUGCUGUAACACUGUUCCUAAAUAUCUUUGGAUGCCUGGCUUGGUUUUGUGUUGAGCCUGGACGCGGCGUUGAUUUUGGAUUGAGUAUCCUCUGGUUCAUGCUUUUUACUCCUUGUUCCUUUGUCUGUUGGUACAGACCACUCUAUGGAGCUUUCAGGAGUGAUAGUUCCUUCAGAUUCUUUGUAUUCUUCUUUGUGUAUAUUUGUCAGUUUGCUGUACAUGUACUUCAGGCUGCUGGAUUUCAGAGCUGGGGCAAUUGUGGUUGGAUUUCAUCUUUAACUGGACUCAACAGAAGUAUUCCUGUUGGAAUCAUGAUGAUGAUCAUAGCAGCACUUUUCACAGCAUCUGCGGUCAUCUCUCUAGUUAUGUUUAAAAAGGUGCAUGGACUAUACCGCACAACAGGUGCUAGUUUUGAGAAGGCCCAGCAAGAGUUUGCCACAGGUGUGAUGUCUAAUAAAACGGUACAGACAGCAGCCGCUAAUGCAGCUUCAACAGCAGCAACAAGUGCAGCCCAAAAUGCAUUCAAGGGUAACCAGAUUUAGAGAAAUCUCCAGACAGCAACGCACUGUUACCUUUUGACUGUACUUUUUCUCAAGUUACUGUAUUAUUCUAUGAAGAUUUUUAUGUUUGAAAUACACACUAUCCAUAGCAUGUAUGUUUCCUGUUCACCUGUGCAUGGGCAAAAAUCAGGAAAAGUUCUUUGUUUAAAUCCUUAAUAUUUUUUUCUUGAACAAUAUUUCAGUGCCCCUCACAAAGAAAAAGAUUAUACCAUAUGCUAAAUAAAUAUUCUCCAUAUUUUCUGGGGGAUGAAUGUUUCAAAGACUUAUUUCAGUGAUGGAACACUGAAAUUAAUAUGGUACUUCAUUAUGAUUAUACAUUUAGGUUUUAGUUACAGUAAUUCUUUUGGGAAUCUUUCAUUAGAUAUGAGGGACUUUUAGGAGCAAGUGCAUUGAUUCUUCAUUCCUGUCUCCCUGUUUGUAAAGAAAGAAAAUAGGGUAGGCUGAGAGUUUGGGAAUUUCAAUUUGGCUUGCUCGUGUGAAAGCUUUAGAAACUGAUGAUGGGCCUGUGUGCAUUCAAUAAAAGCUGAUGUAAAUUUCAUUUUAUUUUUAAUUUUUAAGAUAGUAGUUCUUUUGAUAUCAACUUGUAAGCUUGCAUGAACACUGUUCAGUUAUUUAAAUUUAAUAAAUUAGUAUUUUGGUUCAGAAUUUAUCUGUACCAUUUAUGAUUACAGGAUUUGGUGGGAUGUUUUUGCAAUCAAAGAAAUGUUUUAAAUAGAGUAUUAUUACUCAUGAAUAAAAGUUGAUUGGGGGACCCAGAUAUUCUAACAGUAGAAUAUGCAAUGCAAUGUAGAGUUGAGUUAAAAGAUAACUGAUGGAGUAGAAUUAAGUGAUUAUAUUUGGUCUUUUAAAAAAAAUACAGUAUUCAUGUCUUAGAGAAAAUGCUGUCAAAGAAAAGAUGCUUUCUUAUUUCUUGACAUACUCUUGUGGUUAGUCUUUUCUACCCUUAUUUGGAGUGAAAAUUUGGUUGUAUUUAGGACUUAUAUUUGCGUGUACAAUUUGUGUUUUAACAAUGAAAAUUGUAAUUUUAACAUUGGUAUUAACUUUCUUACCUUUACAAGUCAGGUUGCCCUUUGUCCCCAGAUAUAAAUAUACAGUGUUUUAACUUAUUUUUCUUCUAUUAUUGUCACUGCUAAUGAUUUUUUAAGUUGAUGCUUCAUACAUACUUGAAUUCCUUUUAUUGCACUUAAGUCUUUGGGGUUUUAGACAAAUCAAGUGAAUUGUUUAAAUUCUGCAAAUAGCACGACUACUUCCAAGUGGAAGUAAGUAGUAAAAUUAAAACAUUUAAAUAUUCAGCUUAUACUGAGAAAGGAAAUAAACGUAAAACUAAGUGUAUUAAUUGUGUAGGUUAUACUACUCACUUGCCUCCAUGCUGCACAGAAAUUUCAUUAUAUAAAACAUUUGGCUUCAUGCUUUCCCAAGUCAUGUGUUACAUGGAGGUCCUUGAGCAGUUUUUAAGGAGACAUAAUACAUUUAUAGAGAACAGCAUAGAGUAACCUGAUUUUAAUGAGGUUUAUAUGUAGGGAGUAUAAUGUUUGAGUAUAAUGCAAAGCCUUAUUUUUUAAAAAUUCAGAUUAACACCAAUGAGUAAAUACUUUAAAAAGAUUUCCCCUCACCCUUUCUAUAUUAUAAAGUUAAAUAAAAUGCUGGAUAUGCUUAGCGACCUGACUGAUCUUAAGAAUCAUUGUAUAAAUAACUGGCCAAGUAAUGUGGAUUCAGUCAAAUGGCUUUUUGUUGCAUUUCUUUGGGACUGUGAUGAAUUUGUAUACUUGGGAUACAUUUCUACAUUAUCCUUAGGAAAAUCUACUUCCUAUUAUAAAGUUUAAAGCUAUUUUUCCAUAAUUUCCAUCAGUAGUAAAUCCCUGCACAACUUAUAAAGUAAGCACUGCACAUGAAGUCUUUCAGAUCAGUUUGUCCUACAGCUUGAGAGGUAUCAGAAUAUUUAAUGAUUUGUUUUAUUGUAAUAAUUUGACAUAAAAGCAUUCAUUCUUAGUCACCAACUCAUAUUCCAAAUCUAUUUUGGUGUUUUCCUUAAACCAUGGAUAAAAAUUCCCUUCAGGAAGGACAUUUAAAAUUUAAAAAGGAGAUUAGAUUAAUUUUUGUUUCCUUCAGAAUGGAAAUGUUUUUACAUCCCUAAAGGUUGAUGUUAAAAAUUAGCAUUACUAAGUGUGAAAGGAUUCAUAAAAUCCACAGAUCCUUCUUUUGUGUAGGGGAGGGUGGGGAAGUGUUUUGGAAUUCGUUUGGAUACUCUUACAAAUUUAUGUCAACAAUUGUAUCUGUUUUUUAAAGAGCAAAUUUGUGUUAAAAUAAUGGUGUGAUGUCCAUAGCCAGGUGUGACAGGGGCUUUAAAUCAUAACUCCUUAAAGGAAUUACUUUUCUCUGGUCAGUAAUAGAAAAUAUUAAUGUUUGCUUUGAAAGCAGAGGCUGUUUGUUAAAAUGUUUUAUACUUUACACUAAAAUUUCCAGGUAUUCCAGUCACAGAGCAAUCUUAAGACAACAUGUACCCAUUUAAUUUUUGUUUUCUAGUAAAAAAUUGUGGUUUAUUUAUUUCAAAGUAAAGUUUGAACACUGGAAGUCAUUGCUUAGUGGUCUGUAAUUUAGGGUUUGGAUUAUUUAUCUAAGGGAUGUUUGUAUAUUUUGUAAAUGACUAAUAAUGCUUUGCUAUCAUGGUGACUGUCUUGGUUCUAGAUAAAGCCCUUCUCAUCUGUCCCUCAGAUGUUGCAUGUUUUGAGUAGUUUGAAAGUUUUGUAUAUUUAUUGUAUUAACAGAGUGUCAUAAAAUAAAAUACUGUUUACUGGAUGUUUGCUCUGUAUAGUUUUAAAGAAUAUAUUAAAAUGUUAAAGACAGGAAUUAUACAGGAGGUCUGACUGUACAGAGAAUCCCACAUUUGAAAUUUUAAAAUUUCUGUAUAAUUUUAUCUUUCAAAACAAGUAGUAACAUUAGACCCACUUAAAGUCCGACUAUCCACAGUGUUUUAAAAAAGUAUUUAAAAACAUCGAGAAGAUAAAUUUUUGCCUUAUAUUGAACUAAAAAAAACCCCAACAGUAGGGAAUGGACUCAUCUGUACUGAAUCUACUGACCUGUCUAAAAUUGAACUAGAUUUAAUGUGUCCUAAGAUGUACACUAGAUUUGCGUGGUUAUCUUUUUUUUUUAAUUCAAUUGACACUUCUGUAUCAGUAUUUUUUUUUCUGUUGUUUUUGUUUCAUUUAUGUCCUCCUCUGCCCUUGUCCUUCUCUCCCCACUUGCAGCAUCCCUGCUGAAUGCUAUUUUAUGUGCUGAUGUAGAGAAUAAAUACCUGCUCUGUAUUGCUGGAUUCUCCAUGUCCUUAUCUAAAGAUUUUUUGCAAAAAUAAUUUAAACGGAUGUUCUUGGUAACUUUGGGUGACACAUUCACUUUAAAACAAACAGUAUUGUCAGUUUGUGAGUGUUACCUUCUAAAGUGAGUUUGGAUUUCCACAACUACUUUAUUAGGAAAAUGUUUUUCCUAGUUAACAUUUCCUAAUCCACAUUGAAUGAUGUUUAUAUUUUUUAAAAGUUUUUCUUUAAGUUUUUUGUUUGUUUCUAUAAAGCUAUAUCUUUGUGGUUCAUACAGUUUUCAUCUAUUUUAUUGCUCUGCUUUUCUCUCAAAAUGUUAGCCUCAACAUCAGUUUGUACACUUUUAUUAGUUAAAAAUCAUCAAUAAUUACUACUGUUCAUUUGCAGAAUUCAUUGACUUAAGCAUUUUUUGCUCCUGUGUAUCAGAACUGUUGUACUUGUAUACUCAUUUACU